UACCUACCGCAGCUCGCAUCAGGAUCGGCAACGCACUGUUUAAAGUAUUUCUGGUGCAGUGUACACACCUCUAUGUGGCAAUUUAACAUUAUCUACUACUGAUACUGUGUAAUUGGUUAAAAAGUACUGUGUGACUUAUGGAUAAGAAGCGACGAGUCAUAAAUCACUAUGACCCUCUAAAAUGCCGACGCGUUGACUUCAGUGACGCCCCGCCACACAACACACUCAUCUACACUGACUAUAAUAGUCUUGGGUGGCCGGACAGCAUUACCACCCAGACUGAUACACCUAUUCGUCCACAAGACGCAAAGAAGAAAUCCCGGGAUCUUAGACAUCUAUUGAAUGAGAGGAAAUAUGCAGACGUUGAAACUGGUAUGGUUAAUGAAACUCGUGACGCAAGGGAGAUAUCCCGGGAUCUUAGACAUCUAUUGAAUGAGAGGAAAUAUGCAGACGUUGAAACUGGUGUGGUUAAUGAAACUCAUAUGAGCAAUAUGAAUUGGCAAGGACCUGGCGACAAUUAUGGUAUUCGUGGAGGUUAUUCCAACGUCAGGUGUGAAGUCCAAGACAGAAAUGAAAAUGUGAACCAUUUUAGCCAUCCAAGUGAAGAAAGGGGUGAUGGCAGGGGUCGAGGGCGUGGCUGGGGCCGAGGGCGUGGCAGGGGUCAAGGGCGAGGCAGGGGUAGAGGACGAGGCAGAGGCACUGAUUUUAAUGAUACCAGAGGAGCUAAAAGUCUUGAGUCCCUGAGUAACUUCUCAUCAGCUGACAGUAAGUUCAGGAAUACAAGCAACAGGGGUAACAGACGGGAAAGGAAUUAUCCCAUGGGUUACAAAGAACUAGAAAGAAUCCUUACAUUACCCUCUGAUGCAGUGGCUUUUGAAUUGUUAAAUGAAAGAUCAGGUUUUCGUCUACUUCUAGAGGAAGAUAAGAUGUCACUUGAUAAAUUAAUCCUUCUGGUAAAAGUUCUUUCACAGGCAACAGGAACCCAGUCAAGCAAAGAAAAUUUGUAUGAACUAUUCAAUAGAACCUGUGAACAGAGGUUUAUGGAUAAACUUUGUACUUAUUCCAUCUCAAUUAAGCGACAGUGUCCUGACAAAGCCAAGGACUUCUUCGCACACCUCCAUGUAUUCAUAGAAGCUUAUGCAAAUGCAAUGACAACCACUGCUAUGAACCGGUUACCUGAUUUAGUAGAUAUAUGCAUUUCAACUUUGACAUAUUUAGAACAAAAUAAUUUUGUUUCCAAAGAGCUUGUGAAACAAUAUAACAAUCUGCAGGACAUGCUGACAACAGCAUCUAAAUCCUGGGAACAAAAAUUGAAGCAUCAAGCUCAAGGAACGAGAAAGGGGAUGAAUGAAAUGGACCAUAUGGCACCACCUGAUGAUUUUAAGGAGCUUUCAGUGUUUCCUACACCACUGGAUUUUAUGACAAUUCAUCGUCCAUUUCUUCGUCGAAACUUGACACAAGGAAAGUAUGAUGAUGGUGAACAUUAUUUAGAUGUUCAGUUUCGAUUACUUCGUGAAGAUUUUGUAAGGCCUUUGAGAAAUGGAAUUAAUGAUUUCAAGGGGAAGAAUCAUUCAAAGGUUAGGGAUGUAAAAAUUUACAGAGAUGUUGCUAUUGUAUCAUCUCAAGUAAAGAGUGACACAAUAAUUUAUAUGGUACAGCUAAAUAUGUCAAAGAAAAUCAGAUUGGAAACUUCCAAGCGUUUAUUAUUUGGUAAUCUUCUGUGUUUCACAAAUGAUGGUUUUAAAACUUUGAUUCUAGCUUCUGUUGCCGAGAGAGAUCCAGAGAAAUCAAAGGAAGGAAUUGUUGGAGUUCAAUUUGAAUCUGAUAUUGAACAGCUGGACUUGAGUGGAAGGUUCAUUAUGGUUGAGUCCAAAGCUUAUUUUAUGGCCUACAAACAUGUCUUAAUGGCACUACAAAAUAUGUCAGGAAAGACAAUUCCUAUGGCACCUUAUAUUAUUAAGGUAGAACCGAAUGUUGAAGCUCCAAAAUAUUUGACUGGAGGAGAGAAGUACGAUUUGCGGGUCAUGAAGAAUGAUAAUAUGAUGAAAGAGUCAGAGGCACACAGUUCAUUGUUUCAUUUUAUCAGAAAUACUGGUACUAAUGAACCUGAAGAUGUUGAGGAACCUGAAGAUGUUGAGGAACCUGAAGAUCAAUGUGAUCCUCUUAUGAAUGUGGUUUUGGCGAAAGAUUUGUCAGCCUGGCCAUCUGAAGCCGAGCUUGGUGUUGAUAGCUCUCAGUGUAGAGCUCUUAAAAGUGCUCUGACACGUCAGCUAGCAAUCAUUCAAGGCCCUCCUGGUACAGGAAAAACCUUCAUAGGUCUCAAGAUCACACAGAUUCUGUUGCAUAACAGUAAUGCUUGGAAAGAGAAACAAGAUUCAACACCAAUAUUAGUUGUGUGCUUUACUAAUCAUGCACUGGAUCAGUUCUUGGAAGGAAUGACUACAUACACAAGCAACAUUGUUAGAGUAGGUUCUAGAUCCAAGAGUGAAACAAUCAACCAAUUUCAGAUAAAUUCAUUAUUGCGUACACUUCGUGCAAAUCAUGAUGUUCCAAGAGCCGUCUUUGAGAGGAACUUUGAAUUACGGAAUGAGGUAAGGAACAUAGGAUAUAAAAUCAAUGAAUUGAGGUGCAAUAUUGAAAAAUGUAAAUCUGGAAAAGGCAUACUCCCUCUAGAUACCUUCGAAUCAGAAGGGAUUAUACCCCCACAUUUACAGCAUCAGUUGAGGGCUCUCUGCUGUGAUAAGAAGUUAACAGGAUGGUUACUACUUAAUAUUCAACCUGAAACAGGAUUAUUUCACAAGCAGCUCCAAGUGGCCAAAUUUAAUGUAGUAGAUAAACCCAAAUCCUCAAAACCCACUUCUUCAAAACUACAAACAACAAGAGGAACUGUGGAAAAAGAGGAAGGUGAACUAUCUGAAGAUGAAUUUAAAGAUGCUGAAGAAUUCCUUAAUAUUGAGGAGCAAGACAGACUAGUAGAGGAUCAUGAAAUUGAUGAUUCUGCCAUAAUACAUGGACAAAUAAAAUCGUUACGGUUUGAAACAACAGAUAAUCAGCUUAGAGAAGAAAUAGUAAAUGCAUCGUAUAUGUUACAAGAAAACGAGGGUAAUGAAGAGGCUUAUUACAAACAGAUUGUAACCACUGCACAGAGGGAAGCAUUAAACAUUGGCCUUGAGCUACCAGAAAAUCCUGAUGUAGUGUGCGAGUUGGAAAAUCAGGAGCACUUUAACAUAUUUCAUACCGACUUUCCCCAGAGGUGGCAGCUAUAUAAACACUGGCUGGGAAAACUCCUUCACAAUAUGACUAAAAAACUCAAAGCUUUGGAGUCAAAUUGCCAAAAGAAGUCACGAGCCCUACGAGAGACACGGAACCAAGAGUACCUGUAUGCCAUGCGUAGUGCCUCAGUGGUGGGCAUGACAACAACAGGUGCAGCACAAUAUAACAGCAUUAUGCAAGACUUGGCCCCAUCCAUUGUCAUCAUUGAAGAAGCAGCCGAAAUUCUCGAGUCCCACGUUAUUACCUCUCUUACUGCCAAGUGUAAGCACCUCAUCUUAAUAGGAGAUCAUCAACAGUUGCGCCCCAGUGCCACAGUAUAUGAACUAGCAACCAAAUAUGGACUGGAAACUUCACUGUUUGAAAGAUUGAUUAAGAAUGGUCUGGCGUAUGAGACCCUUGAGUAUCAGCACCGAAUGAGACCCAGCAUUUCCAGGUUGCUGGUGCCAUCCAUUUAUCCUGAGCUGAAGAACCAUCCUUCAGUUGAUUUGUAUCCAAGAAUAAGGGGCAUUACCAAAGAUGUAUUCUUCAUUUCUCAUGAAAUCCCUGAACGAGAGGACACUGACGACAACAACAGCCAUGAAAAUGCAUAUGAAGCAGAAUUCAUGAUAUGCUUGUGUAGGCAUCUACUGUUACAAGGUUAUUCUUCAAAAGAGAUCACUAUCCUAACACCUUACUCUGGACAGUUCUUCCUGCUGCGCAAGAUUCAGCGAGAUCAUACGGCAUGUCAUGGAGUGAAGAUCUGUGUGGUGGAUAACUUCCAGGGAGAAGAGAAUAACAUUAUUCUGUUGUCUUUGGUGAGGAGUAAUGUGGAAGGGAAUGUGGGCUUCCUUCGCACUGAUAACCGGAUCUGUGUUGCCCUUUCACGUGCUAAGCAUGGGUUAUACAUAACUGGAAACAUGGAGCUCUUGAGUGCCCACAGUGAACUUUGGAAGAAGAUUAAAGAAGAUCUUGCAGAACAGGGUGCCAUUGGUAAUAUAUUAACUCUACAGUGUGAAAAUCACCCUGAUAAGUUAAUCUCAGUGUCUUCAGGUGAAGAUAUUUUAAAGAAAAGUCCUGAAGGAGGAUGUCUUCAAACAUGUGGGAGUUCUCUACCACAUUGUAACCAUUCUUGUCCUAGGCUCUGCCACUUGGAUGAUCGUGACCACACUGAAGUUCAGUGCCGAGUACCUUGUCCCAAGAUUCUGUGCGAGUUAGAUCAUCCAUGUCCAAGGCAGUGUUGGGAGGAAUGUACUCCAUGUGAAGUUCUUGUUAACAAAGACCUACCAUGUGGUCAUAGUCAUAUGGUUCACUGUCAUGUUAAGCCUGAGGUGUAUAAGUGUCCAACUCCAGUAACAAAGGAAAUACCUCACUGCCAGCAUGAAGCUAUAAUGCCUUGUCAUAUUGAUCCAAAAUAUUUCCUUUGUCCUACAGAUUGUGACACUAGAUUGGAUUGUGGUCAUAAAUGUAGGCUUAGAUGUCACCGUACAGUGGACCCUGACCAUCUGACGUAUAAUUGUUUGGAAAGUUGUACAAGAUUAAAUGCAGGCUGUACAGAGAACCAUCUAUGUCAAAGGAUAUGCCAUGAAACCUGUGGAGCUUGUAUUGUAAAAGUUGAAAAAAUUUUACCUUGUGGUCAUAGAAUGAAGAAUGUGGAAUGCUCCAAACCUGCAGAAGAGAUCAAGUGCCGCAAACCUUGCAAGAAGACUCUCCCCUGUCAGCAUCCAUGUAAAAUGCUUUGUUUCCAAGAUUGUGGAAACUGUGCUUAUAAAGUCCAGAAGACUAUCCCAGGAUGUAAUCACACGGCUCAGAUUGAGUGUGGGCUGCUACCAACGAAGGACAUGUGUGAAGGAAAAUGCCCCCAAAAGUUGUCAUGUGGACACCCUUGCGAAGCUCGCUGUAAGGACUUGUGUACUGUCUUGUGCAAGAAAUUAGUCGUCUCGGCCAUCAAUUGUCCUAAAGGGCACUCCAUCAUGCUACCUUGUCAUCUAAAUAAUACAGUAAAUGGAGAAGAAGCCUGGUCAUAUUGUAAGGCGCCAUGUAACCAGUUGCUGAACUGUGAACAUAAUUGUGUAGGUGACUGUGGAAGUUGCUUUCAAGGUCGUGUCCAUGUCUUCUGCCGUCAACCCUGUAGAAAACCACUCGUGUGUGGACACAUAUGCAAGUAUCCUUGCAGUGCUGAUUGCCCUCCUUGUCAAGAAGAAUGCCAGUGGCGCUGUAAACACAGUCGAUGUAAAAAAAAAUGUGGUAUUCCAUGUAAUAUGUGCAAGAUGGAGUGUGAUUGGAAGUGUAAGCACUUGCAGUGUAUACAGCUGUGUGGAGACAGAUGCUCAAGGAAACCCUGUGAUAAGAACUGUCCCAGGAAGCUGAAGUGUGGCCACCCAUGUGUUGGCUUUUGUGGUGAUCCUUGCCCACCAUUAUGUCGGACUUGCAACUUUGAUGAAUUAACAGAAUUUGUAUUAUUAGGGUAUGAGGAGGAUGGUGAUGCCAGAUUUGUGCUGUUGGAGGACUGUGGUCACAGCAUCGAAGUGCAGGGUUUAGAGGGCUGGUUAAAUCAAGAAACUGCAGUGAUUGGAAUGAAGACUUGCCCAAAGUGUCGAAAGCCUAUUUAUAAUAAUCGCCGCUACCAGAACAUAGUAUUGGAAACAUACAAGUCUGUAUUGGCUGUCAAGAACAAGUACUUUACUUGUAAGCCAAAAAUUAAAAGGAAGGAUAUCGAAUUGAUCUUACAAGAUCCAGAAAUUGCUCUACACUUCAUGUCACACAUCAAAACACUACACAAGAAACUGGGGAUGAAUAAUUAUGGUAAGCAGAAAAGGCAAAAUUUUGUCAAUGAAGGAGAAUUAAGACUUAUCCAGUUUCAAGCCAAUGUUCUUAAGACUGCUACCAGUAUUCUAAAGCGUAUGUUUGAAGAAAACUCUGGAUUGCCUGUUAAUAGAAUUUAUCGGUAUAAAACAAAACUUUCAUUGUCAAGGCAUGGAAAACGACUACAACCACGGGUGGUGGCAAUAAUUGAGCGUGUCAUGGAAAAAGAUGCCAUUGUUGCUGCACAAUUGGUUGAUGAGGCGAGCUGUGAAUUGCAACUUCUAAAGAUUCUUCCUGCUUAUUGGAAUUUUCAAGAAAAAUUUGCCACUAAUAGUGCUAAUAAAGUUCGUGAAAUUAAAGCAAGGUUGGAGAAGUUAAUGGAUCCUACAGUCAAAUUUGAUGCUGAAUUGGAAUCUAAGGUCCAUAAUCUCUUGAAAGAGAGUGAGAAAUAUGUAGGAGGUCUUGGAAUCUCUCAGGAUGAAAAAUUUAAAAUUCUAGAGGCAAUGAAAUUAAAACAGGAUUGGUACAAAUGCCCCAAUGGACAUAUUUACUGCAUUACUGAUGGAGCCAUGGAAGAAGCUCAAUGUCCAGAAUGUAAAGCAGUGAUUGGAGGAACUUCACACACGCUAAGGAGUGAUAAUGCUGUUGCCACUGAGAUGGACGGCGCACAGCACGGUGCUUGGUCUGAGGUAAAUAAUAUGGGAAACUUCAACCUCCAAGAUGUAAUUUAACCAGUAGUUCAUUAUCUUGCCCUGUGGGUAUGUUUAUUAAAAGAAGGCCAGACUUGGCAAAGUUAAAAUUGUAUUCUUGAUACAGUUUUUAACUGAAGAUAUGGAUGAAGAUGUUAUGUUUAUGAAUUUCGUAAAAUAAUCUUUGAAAACCUGCUAAUUGCUAAUGUCCUCAAAACAAUACAUUGAGAUAAUUGACCCAUUUGGCCUUAAAAUACAACUCAAAUUUUUGCCCAGUCCAUGAUGAACUGAUUAUUAUCUGCAAUAGGACAGAUGGAACAUCUGUACUUUUACUUUUCAUUUUUAUCUCUCUGCCACUGAUCGGUUCGUUACGCUUGAUCACGGAUAACUGCUGUUGCUCCUGCAUCACACAUUCAAGAUGAUCAUGUCCUUGUGUUUACAUUCUAGAGCUGAAACUUACUCGCCAACAAACGCCUCUAUUGAAGAGGUUUUAUUGGUAAUUUGGCGAGAUGAUGCACCAAGUGGUCGUAAUUAGUAUUAGAGUUUUGAAUAAUAUAACUAUUUUCUGUAUGAUUCAUAAAUUUACUGUUAAACAUCUUUUAUGCUUGUCUAUUAUAUGUGUUACUAAAAAAUAAUAAAAAAUAUGAAAGCAAUUUUGGGUAUUGUUGGAGUGAGAUAAGUGCCCUCACUAAGUUAAUAGUAGUAGACAGGAGACACUAGUAAGGCAACAUUAGUUACAGGAUAAUGUAUGUAAUCAUGUUUAUGUUAUGAUUUUUUUUAAUUAGAUCUUAUAAAUAUAUUUUCACUUCUCAUGAACAAUUAUUUAAAGAAUAGCAGUAACAUUGUGUAAUGCAUAAAUUGGAUAAGAAUUUUAUGGAAGAUAAAAAAUUUCGAGUUUUUAAUUACUUACCUGUAUAUUACAGGACAAUAUAUAUUAUAAUCCUA